AUUAACAAAUGCUAGAAUAACAACGGAGAGAUAUUUAUAAAAAAUAAAUUAAUUAAAAAAUAUAAACAUUUAAAAACAGAAACACGAACAUUAGCGAAAAGUUGAAAUAAAUUAAAUCGUGCAGCUGAGAGUAAAAGAUCGUGUAAACUGACAAGAGGUGAUUCCCCAAUUCAAACAUUAAUAAAAAAUGUGUGUAAAUUAUUAAAACACAUAAAAAACAAUAACAAAAAUAACGGUUUUAAAGAAGUAUUAGUGCUGAAAAUGAAAACAAAUACGUCAUUUUAAUAUUUAACAAAUGUCAUGAUAAUAACAUAAGAAUGAAAUUAUAAAAAAACAACAACAACAAAGUGUUAUAUAGAAUAUAAAAAAGAGAACAAUUACAAUUUGUUAUUGUAAACAACAACAACAAAAUAAACAAACUAAAGAAUAAAACCGUUAUAACAUAACUCAGAAUGGGUGUAAGAUUUUUUGACAAGGAAAAUAUGUCAAACGGAGAUGAUUACAACAGUAGCGUCAAUACUACCAGCAGCAAUACCACUACUACACGUUCAGCAUCAUGCAACUGUAAUGUCUGCAGUCAAACAAGAACAGCAGCGGCAGCUACAACCACAGCCUCUACACAAACCUGCGGUACCUCAUCCUCCUCUUCUCCCACGGAUAAUGCUAGUAAUUUGAAUUUUCAAAAGUCGGGCAUUUUACGAGAAAUCAUAGGAAAUUGCAAGGAAGUAAGAAUUGAAGAGAACGCCCAUAAUUUACGCAUAGUGGGUAACAACAAUCGCAUACGCAUUUCCUACAAUGUGGGCGACAUAACUGUCAUUGGCAAUAAUACAAGACUGAAAAUUAAAAUCAAUCAUGGCCUCAUCAAAUACACCGGAAAUGAUGGCCGCAUAUGUUUGGGAAAAGAUUCAACGGAACAGCUAGUUGACUACAGUGGUUGUAAUGGUGUUUUGAAAGUACAAAAUUCUAAGAAAAAUGCUGCUGCCAGUCAAGUGAAUGUUGACGACAAUAACGAUGAUGAAGAAACUAAAAAUAAUACUACAUCUACGGGAACUACAUUUAUAAAUGGGAAUUUUAAUAAAAAUAGCAAAAACCCUAAACAAAAAUAUGCAUUUUCCGAUAGUGAAGUCUUUAAGUGUAAAACCGAUUACCACAAUAUGUUCGGUCGUAAGAAAUCAUUGCCCAAUAUGUCGCAUCCAAAAUCCAUUUUUAGUGAAAAUCAAACUGCCAAUCGUGGCCCACAAAUGCCAAAAAGUAUUAUACACAAUUUUGGUAAUAUAGUUAUAGCAAAUUCUUCAAAUAUCUGCAUAACACCCCAAACUUAUACCUACUAAUAAUGGACGCUAAACUUAAAAUGUGGCAACCAAUCUAACUAAUAACUACAAUGUAGUUCAAUGCUACUUUUAAUAUAAUAUAGUUUUAUAACAAAAAAUAUAUAAUUUAGCUAUUUCUUGCCUCAUUUCUUUUGCAAAAGAAAUUUCCUUCUUAAAAUGUUCCUAAUUUCUAAUUAAAAUGUUCAACUUAGAAAUCUGCUUAAAACAAAAGUAUUAAAUAUUAUAAUUAAUAUUUGUUAAUUAGUACAAUUAUUUAUCUUAAUAUUAUUUUUAGUUUAUUAUUAAAUUAUUUAUUAUUAUUAAUAUGUAUGACUGACUGAAUGUUGAGUACUUUAAUAAAAAACAAAUUUUUAUUGAUUUAUAAAAUUAUAAACUCAAA